CGGUUCCACAUCAUCACCACCAUAGGCGCCAACAGUACCCACGCACGAGGCCACACUCAGUAGAGCUCGGGCCUCGGGGCAGCUCAUCCCCCCACCCAGUCCUCAACUCAACUACAACAAACAUUAAAAAAGUGAAAACCACUCCUUCAGACAAUCCUGCAACUGCUGCUGCUACUGUUGUUCAUGAAGUUCUUAAACCAAAAAAGAAAAAAGAAAAUAAGAAACUUGGGGGCCCACAUUUCUCUCUCUUCUUUGUCUGUAGUGUUCACCAUUUUCAUCAUUCUCUACAAAAAAAAAAUGGACUGAUGUGUUGUAGUGCAGGCUCUCUUUUUUGGUUUUGCAGAGAGGCUUUUUGAAGAUUUUAUUUUUUAUUUUUCCCAUCUCUCAGAGUCUGGGAUUUCGUUUUCUUUUCUUGGAUUUCUUCAAAGCACAGAAAAGAAACAAUUCGAAGAAGCGCAGAAAGCAAAGACCUUCUCUACCUUUUCUUCUUCCUCUCUGAGGUUCACUUUCAUUUUCUUCCUUUUCUUUCAGGUAAUUCGAGCUUAUUCAUGCACGUCUCUGGAUGUUAUAGAGCAUAGUUUGAUAACUAUGUGUGAUACUUGAGGAGUUGUAAUUUGAACUUGAAGCUCUAUCCCAGCAUAUAGCACUUCGGUAUUGUAUUCAAAUAAAUGGAGCAAAAGGAGGGUGAGAGUUGGAAAAAGUUGGUCGGGAAGAUGCUUCCACCCGGUGCCUCGCUCCCUGAAGAUUCAUUAGAGCUUGAUUACUCCAUAGCAAUAGAAUAUAAAGGUCCUCCAGUUGCUUAUGAAGUACCUAGAGUUGAGCCUCUGGAUGUAAAUUCACAUGCCAUCCCUACUGCAGAAGCUCUGUCAGAGUCCCAAAGAUCAGUUGCUAAUACUGCGACCCUGGUGAUUGAGCCAAUCCCCUUGCCAGUGUCUCAUAUUGCCAGUGUCACAAGUCCACGUACUCAGAGUCCAAGGGUUUCAGCAAGCUCUGAGUCCCUAGUGUCUGUGCUGCAAAAUCCUGAUUUUUCUUCAGCUUCUCCUUCAGCAUCACCUGGCUCAGUUGGCAACCCUCCUAGUAAUCCUCCUAAACAAGUUGUUAAUGAAGGAAAGAGAGUUCCAGUUGUUACAUUCAAUACUGUUGAAAAGUCGGAUAGGAAAGAUAUGGAUAUGGUAAAGAGAGUCUUUCCUGAAUAUGUUGGGGUUUCAACAGAAAAGAAGAAGAAGAAGAGAAGGGUUUGUUAUCGAUGCGGUAAGAGAAAGUGGGAAACAAAGGAAUCUUGCCUGGUUUGUGACGCUAAGUAUUGCAGCAAUUGUGUGCUUAGGGCAAUGGGGUCGAUGCCUGAAGGACGAAAAUGUGUGACAUGCAUUCGCCAGCCAAUUGAUGAAUCAAAGCGCUUACGAUUAGGUAAACAUUCUAGGCUCUUGUCUCGACUACUCAGUCCAUUGGAGGUAAAGCAGAUUAUGAAAGCAGAGAAAGAAUGUUCUGCUAAUCAGCUCCGGCCGGAGCAGCUAAUUGUGAAUGGAUAUCCACUGAAGCCUGAAGAGAUGGCUGAAUUACUCGGAUGCCCUUUACCUCCUAGGAAGUUGAAGCCUGGAAGAUAUUGGUAUGACAAGGAAUCUGGUCUAUGGGGAAAGGAAGGAGAAAAACCUGAUCGCAUCAUUAGUUCAAACCUAAAUUUCACUGGCAAGCUUAAUCAUGAUGCAAGCAAUGGCAAUACUGAAGUCUAUAUGAAUGGAAGGGAGAUUACAAAACUUGAAUUGAGGGUGCUAAAGUUGGCAAAUGUGCAGUGUCCACAUGACACUCAUUUUUGGGUCUAUGAUGAUGGUCGUUAUGAGGAAGAAGGUCAAAAUAACAUUAGAGGAAACAUCUGGGAGAAGGCAACAACUCGUUUUGUCUGUACCUUGUUUUCUUUGCCUGUGCCCCAUGGUCAACCUCAAGGAGUGAGGGAGGAGGCCAGCAAUUAUAGUACUGUUCCAAAUUACCUAGAGCAAAAACGAACCCAGAAGCUUCUUUUACUUGGGCUUCAAGGCUCUGGAACAAGCACCAUCUUCAAGCAGGCAAAGUUUUUGUAUGGAAAUGGGUUUUCUGCAGAAGAACUGCAGGAUCUGAAGUUGAUGAUCCAGAGUAAUAUGUACAGGUAUCUUAGUAUAUUAUUAGAUGGGCGGGAGCGGUUUGAGGAGGAAGCAAUGUCUGGAAUGCCAGAACUAGCUGCCAAUGAUCAGAACUUUGAUGCUGGUGGGGAGGUCGAGUCUGGUGAAACUAACCAGUGUGCCUAUUCUAUCAACCCAAGGCUAAAGCAUUUUGCUGACUGGCUUCUGGAUAUUAUAGCCACUGGUGAUUUGGAUGCAUUUUUCCCUGCAGCAACGCGUGAGUAUGCACCAUUAGUUGAGGAGUUGUGGAAAGAUCCAGCUAUACAGCACACUUAUAGAAGAAAAGAUGAGCUUCACUUUCUUCCUGAUGUUGCGGAGUACUUCUUAAGCAGGGCUGUAGAGGUGUCGAGCAACGAAUAUGAACCUACUGAUCGUGACAUUCUUUAUGCUGAAGGGGUCACCCAAGGGAAUGGCUUGGCUUUCAUAGAGUUUUUGCUCGAUGAUCGUAGUCCAAUUUCUGAAACCUACACAGACAAUUUGGAAGCUCCCUCACAGCCAUUAACCAAGUAUCAACUCAUAAGGGUAAAUGCAAAGGGGAUUAAUGAAGGAUGCAAGUGGGUGGAAAUGUUUGAAGAUGUACGAGUUGUAGUCUUCUGCGCGGCCCUCAGUGAUUAUGAUCUGAUGUCGGUAGCACCAGAGAGCAGUGGCAGUGGACCGCUAUUUCAAAAUAAGAUGAUGCAGACCAAGGAGUUAUUUGAAACAAUGAUAAGGCACCCUUGCUUUAAGGAUACGCCGUUUGUGUUGAUACUAAACAAGUAUGAUCUCUUUGAGGACAAAGUGAAUCGGGUGCCUUUAAGCACUUGUGAAUGGUUCAAUGAUUUCAGUUCAGUGAGACCAGUCCAUAGUCACCAGUCUCUGGCUCAACAGGCUUACUUUUACGUUGCGAUGAAGUUCAAGGAUCUUUAUGCUUCCCUUACAGGACGGAAACUUUUUGUGUCACAAGCUAGGGCAAGGGACCAUCGGGUGACCGUUGAUGAAGCAUUUAAAUAUACAAGAGAGGUUCUCAAAUGGGAAGAAGAGAAAGAUGAAAACUACUAUGGAGGAGAAGACUCAUUUUACAGCACAGAUGUUAGUUCCUCGCCGUUUGUGCGGCAAGAAUGACUGUGCAUUUGGAAUUUGCUUGUAUUCUUAAAAUGUAAAGAAAGCUGCGGGAGCAUUGUGCUAGCUAUGUAUUUCAUUUUCCCAGAAUAUCAAUUCAAUGAUAUUGGUCAUGUUAGGUUUGAUUCUUUGUUAUGCAUGAUUCAUUACUGCUUUGUAAUGCUGAGGUGUUAAGUGUUCCAUGUGAUUCAGAAUUAUGUAAAACUAGCAAACUAUGAGAUUAAAGAUGGGGCUUAUUUUGAAGAAA